AUUCGUCGCUCACUUGCAUCACUUACACGCUGCAAGCACCCAGACAGGAACCCCCAAUCACCGACUCCAGGUCCUACAUACUACCGCACCAACCUACGUCUAGCACCGUACCCACACCUACCCGGCCUAAACCGACAUGCGGACAGCCCACGGCGUUGCCGCCGCUCUCUUCGGCGGCUUCCGGCUGGCCAGUGCCGCCCCUUGCUCCGGAUCGCCUCUCCUGUACGUCACGACGUACCCUGCCGGGGAUGUCGCCGGCUCGGUCCACACGCUCCAGUUGGGCGCGGCAAAAUUAGAAUCUGUUGUCGACCCUUCGGCCAGCUGCGGCUCGUAUCCGUCUUGGUUGACCCAAGUCGGCGACAUUCUCUACUGCGUUAACGAGGCCUGGGAUGCCAAUAACGGUACUCUCUACUCGCUCAAGAUCGGCUCCGACCUUAAUCUUACCAGGCUCAGCGACGGCCAGACGGUCGGGGGUCCCGUGAGCACCAUCGUCUACGGCGACGGCGGCCGGGGCCUGGCUGUUGCCGACUACGCCGGCGGCGGCAUCAACACCUUCAACAUUACCGAUCCAUCGGCGAUCGUGCCGCUCCUGACCGAGGUGUUUCCCAAGCCCGCGGACAACCGCAGCGACCCUCAGAACCAGGCCCGCCCUCACGAGGCCGUCCUUGACCCUACGGGCAACUUCCUUCUCUUCCCCGACCUGGGUGCCGAUCUCCUCCGCACUUUCCAGGUCAACAAGACGACGCUCCAGCUCACCGAGUCGAAAACCCACACGUUCGACCGCGGGACCGGUCCCAGGCACGCCGCCUUCCUCAAGUCGGGUUCCAAGACGUUCCUCUACGUCGUCUGCGAGCUCUCGAAUCUCCUUUUCGGCUUCGAGGUGACCUACAACGACGACCAGACCCUCGGCUUUACCCAAUUUCACAAGUCCAACACCCACGGCAACAACAGCACCCUUCCGGCCGGCACUGCCGCCGCCGAGAUUACGCUCUCCCCCGACCACCGCUUCCUGACCCUCUCGUCGCGCAAGGAGCGCUCGCUGCAGUACACGCUCGCGAACGGCACGACGGUGCCGUCGGACCCGCUCAUCACGUACGCGGUCGACGCCGCCACGGGCGCGCUGACGCUCGUGCAGACCGCGCCCGCGGGCGGCGUCAACCCGCGCCACUUCUCGUUCAACAGCGACGGCACGCGCGCCGCCGCCGCGCUGCAGGACGACGCCCGCGUCGUCGUCUUCGAGCGCGACGUCGCCUCCGGCAAGCUCGGCAAGGCCGUCGCUGAGGCCGACGUCCCCGGGCAGCCUAACUUUGUGUUGUUUGCGCAGUGAAAGGGAUGGGGGGUAAUGAAACCGUGAAUAGGCGCGGUUUGCGGAAAGGGUUAGGGGUCAAAAUUUGGGGGAGUGGGGAAGCUACACUACCUCGCUUCCUCUUUUCGGCAGCUUGGUGCUCACUUUGCAACAACUGUUUUUUUACCGAAGCAUUCGGCGAGUCGCCGAGUCAGGUUUAUUUCAUUUUUCUUUUCUUUUUCUCAGCCAGGAUCAAGGUACCUUACCUUGUAGUCAUGAUAGCGACGAAUUGACUUGGUGUCCAAUUCUCUUUUCACUCUUCAUACUGGCACUUUGUUCCUUUCGUAAUC